AUGUCUUGGGAGGGGCUGUCCCACACGCAGCUGCCAGCACCAUCGUGGGAGGAUGAAUACCAGCUGCAACGGUCCAUUGGCAAUGGAUCCUUUGGCCAAGUCUACCUGGUUCUGCACAAAGAGGAGCAGCGCGAGUAUGUCAUGAAGAGCAUCGAGCUCCAAACUGCCUCGGAUGAAGGUCGUCAGCAGAUGGAACUGGAGGUGCAACUGUUGAAGAGCAUGCAGCAUCCCAACAUCGUGGCCUAUCGCGAGAGUUUCGUGGAUGACAGCGGGCACUUGUGCAUCUUCAUGGAGUAUUGUGAGCAUGGGGAUAUCUUCUCCUACUUGCAAGACUUGCGACGUACGCAGAUGCCCUCCGAAGCUCAACUCCUGGAAUGGUUCACGCAGAUUGUGUGGGCCUUACAAGCGCUUCACCAGCAAAAGAUCCUGCAUCGCGACUUGAAGACGCAAAAUAUCUUCUUGGCCGGCAGCAGGCAGCAGUUGGCCGCAAAGUUGGGCGACUUUGGCGUGGCAAAGGUGUUGUCUUCCACAGUUGACUUGGCCAAGACGCAAAUCGGCACACCUUUCUACAUGUCUCCGGAACUCAUCAACAGCCAUCCCUACAGCUACAAAAGUGACGUUUGGGGCCUUGGCUGCGUCCUCUACGAGAUCAUCAACGGCCAUCGCGCCUUUGAUGCGCAGAGCUUGAAUGGGUUGGCCUUGAAAAUCAUCAAAGGCAGCUAUACUCCCAUCUCUGCAGGUUGCAGCAACAGCACCAAGCAGCUCAUCCAGCAGAUGCUAACGAAGAAUCCGAGCCAUAGGCCUUCGUUGAAGGAGAUCCUUCACAUGCCACAGAUUCGUUCGAAGAUCCUUCCAGCAUACAGGAGUUCAAUCGCAGCAGGUUCCCUUGAGAGCAGGCCGGCCAUAGAAUCGGCCCUGAACAAGCAGCUGGCAAGUUUGGGCUUGGGCGGCCUGGUGAAUGCUCCGGCGGCGAAGCGAAAGAAUCCACAGCGCUUGCAGGCGCGUUUAGAGAGAGCCAAGGAUUUGCAACAACGGGAAGAACAGGUGCUUCAGCAGACCAUUGCGCUUCUACAGCAAUGUCUCAGGCUUUCCAAUGCAGCAUUGACAGCUGCCCUUUUAGAGAUCAAGCCACUGACGUGGCACCUGUGCGCUGAAAACGAGAGGCGCGUGAGGAGUGCACCUGCUUGUGGCCUGCUGGAAACCCCAGCAGGUUAUGAGCCCAAAGAGCUCGGAGGCUGCGCAUAUGGAUGUGAGAAGAAGGCUGGCAACGAGAGAAGAGAAAAGGAGGUUCAGAAUGGAGGUCAAGUUGUAGGAGUUCCAAAAGAGGAAGUUACAGCUAGGUCCACAACACCUCACUUAGAGCAUGCUGCGCGUCCUAGGUCCCUUCCACCGUCAGUGCCACCGCCAAGUCAGCCACCUGCAGUUUCUCCUGAGGAUCUUUUAGGAUCAACCUUCAGGACUCCGCAGACCAAGCCUGAGGCCAAGGGGCCAACAAUGCAAGGAGCCUUGGAGGACAGCCAACUAAGGAACCAGUCGGUUGCGACGGGUCAAAGGAGUUUGGAGCAGGGUUCAGAAGUGGGGUUUCAAGGGCCUAGGGGGAGAGAAGAGGCUGGUGGUCCUGGAAGUUUGACGGCCACCCCACAAGUGUCCUUGUUGCCGCUGUUCACUGAUGAGCAGUUGCGGCAAUCUGCAUUCAUGCCACCUGGGUCCAUGCUUUCAGGGUUGACACCCCAACUCUACCGUCCAACCUUUUUGCAGCAAGAAGAAGAAAGAAUGAGAAGUUUGGGAGUUUUGCAAUCGUUUGGAUACUCCACCAUGAAUUUCGGUGAUCAAUCAGCAAGGGAAGAUUUGAGACAACUUGUUGAUGAAGUCAUGGUAGAGAAUAGGAGGCUGAGGCAGAGGUUGUAUCAAGUAGAAUCGAAGUUGCAAGAAGGGGAUGUGCGGUUUUCCACUCCAGAAAGUCAGAAGGAGGCCGCAGACCCCCAAAGACAGGAGGCUGGAGGUCCCCGAAGAGAGGAGGCCGCAGACCCCCAAAGACAGGAGGCUGGAGGUCCCCGAAGAGAGGAGGCCGCAGACCCCCAAAGACAGGAGGCUGGAGGUCCCCGAAGAGAGGAGGCCGCAGACCCCCGAAGUCAGGAGGCUGGAAGUUUCAGAGAAAAGGAGGCUGAAGACCCCCCUAAAGAAAGAAGUCCGAAGUCAGGUGAAGACUCAGCUCAGCAGCCCAACGCAGCUUUCACAGAGAAAUCUAUUGAGUUCAUGAAGCUGAUGAUGGACUCGAUGCGGGAGAUGCAGAAGCGCAUGACGGAGUCAAAGGAGGAAAGUGGAAUGAUCAGAGGAGUGGAGGUCAUCAGAUCGGGCUCUCCCGAUUUGCCGGCCUUGGCACCUUGGGAGCCACAGCAUGGGCCCUUGAUCUUGGGCGACUGGAUGCUGGCGGAGGAAUGGUACAAGGUCCACAUGACUCUCAAUCCGAUUGAGCGCAUCCAACAUCCUGCGACGGUCCCAGUUGAGGUCUCACAGGACAAGUGGCAACGGGUGGAGCGCAGGGUGUCAUCGAUGAUGCUGCAAGCGGUGCCGCCACCAGUUCGAGAUGAACUGGUCUCAGCUCGAAGGAUGUCGACUUUCGGCAUUCUGACACACCUCAUGGUCACCUACAGUCCUGGAGGAGUUACAGAGAAGCAGAACAUCCUGAGGAGUCUUGAAGAUCCACCAGAGAUUCAGAAGAUCAGCGAAGGUCCACCAGCUCUUCGAAGGUGGUUGCGGUGGAGAGCUCGGGCCCGUGAAAUCGGGGCAGUGGCACCUGACCCGGCGUUGCAGCUCAAGGGAUUGCUGCGCAUGACGAAACGGGUCCUGGACAACAACAGAGAGCUUCAGUUUAGGGUGUCGCUUGUCAGAUCUGGCUUGGGAGUUGAUACCACGCCGACAGAGGUCAAUGUGGAACAACUGGCCAAUCACCUUUUGGCUGAACUGGACCAACUGUCCAUGACGGACAAACGACCUGGUCAAGGAUCUGCAGCUCCUCAAGGAGAACAACCAAAGAUCAAGUCUCUGGAGUUGGAGAAGGCUGACAAAGGGAAAGGAAAAGGGAAAGAGAAGACAGGAGAAGAAGAAAAAGGGAAGAUGAAGUGUCGCUUUUACAACUCUGAGGGUGGUUGCAAAAAGGGGAAGGAGUGCGAAUGGUUGCAUGAGUCUCGGGAUGACAGGCGCCGAUGUUGGACCUGCGGCGCUGUCGACCACAUGUCGCCGGCGUGCUCAAGGCCAAAAGGAAGUGGAGGAGGCUCCCCUCAGAACCACAACAAGCAGAAGUUGAUGAAGUCAGAAGCUGAGGAGAAGUCAGGAGGGCAGAAGGAGAGCUCAGACACUCAGUCGGUUUCAUCGGAAGGCUCCAUCAAAGAGCUCUUGGAGGAGGCAGGCAAGAUGCUCAAGUCGGUCACUGGUGAGGGAUCGGCGAUGUCCUCAAGUUCGGCAUCAGGAGGUGGGGAUCAACGUAAAGACCUCAUGGAUCGUCUUCAACAACAAUUGAAGGCGUUGAGAACCUUCAAACUGCAACAGUUGAGCUAUGGGGAGCAUGUAGGGUUGGUCGAUAGUGGGGCGACCAAUGCACUUCGUCCCAUUCGUCAAGGUGAAGAUUGCUCCACCUACCCUGAAGUUGAUGUUUCAUUGGCCAAUGGGAAGUCUGUGAAAUUGAAGAUGAGCCCCGGAGGAUCAAUGUUGGCUCCUGACAUGGAGACAGAACCCAUUGUACCGAUGGGACAGUUGGCUGAAGUUUUGCACUGCGACAUCCAAUGGAAAGGCGGCUCCAUCACCAUCAUUCACCCUGAAAGGGGAGUGCUUCCCAUCGAGAUGAGGGGGAGUUGUCCACAUGUUUCAAAGAAGGUGGCGUUGGAGUUGAUCGCAGAGCUGGAGGAUAGAAGGAUGGGCCUGCCAACAAAGGUAGAAGGUUUUCACCGUGAGGAAGCAUGGAUGAGAGAUUUGAUCAAGACGCAUCCGGUGCUGUCAAAACUACCUGACCAUGUCCAACAAGCCCUUGUUGUUCCACCAGGAGAUUGGGCCGAUUUGCCUUCCAACCAGAGACUGAGGAGACUUUGGAAACAAGAAGGCUUGGUGGCUCAUUUGUAUGCAGGAGCUGACUCAGGGUUCACUUUGAAGAGGGCAUGGAAACAGUUAGGAGGUAGAGAAGAUGUGUUGCUGGAGUUGGAUGUCGUAAGAGGAAAGGAUCACAACAUGCUGCUGAAUAAGGGAGCCUAUAGUGGCCUUCUUCGAUCUGCAUUGGAGGGGAAACUGAAGGGAGUUGUUGGCGGUCCGAACUGCCGAACCAGAAGUCUCCUACGUCACAUCCCUAUCCCUGGUGCAACUGAUGCUCCGCGACCAAUUCGAGGGUGGUUUGGAGAAGAGUAUGGCAUCAAUGAUGCAACGUCUGAGGAGCUGGAAAAGAUCAGGGAGGAUGACAUACUUGCUUGGAGAAUGGUUUUUGUGUUCAUGGUUGCCACAUACAUGAGGAGGGCCAUGGGGAUUUCUGAGAAGGUAGCAUUUGCACUGGAACAACCAGCUUCACCGUGUUCAUACAUGCCGGAGGUUGUGUCAUGGUGGGAAACAUGGGAAUGGAAAGAAGUCGCAAAAGAGUUUGGGUUGAAGGAGGUCACAUUCAUGCAGGGUGAAAUGGGAGGUCAGUCGUCGAAGCCAACAACCAUUGGAGGAAACUUGGAUUUGGAUGUCCAGGCCAACAGGAUGAAGAGAAGUGGAGGAGUCAUUCGAAGCUCGAAGGAGCUUUCAAGAUGGGCUCCUGGGUUGAUGACUAUGAUCUCACAAGCUCUCUUGAAGGAGGUCUUCCAACAAGACCCUCGUCUUUGUGCACUCAGAACCUUGUCCUUGGACACAACAGGUCCACUUGUGAAGGCCAAAGACGCUGAAGGUUCAACCGCAAGAUAUAUCCUGGUCGGGGUCUUGACAUGGGCAGUCCCGGCAGGGAUUCCAAAGUUGAAGGAUGCUCAGAUUGAGGAUGACUUUGAGGUCCCUGAAGAGGCGCCAAAGAUUGAGGAGGAAGAAGAAGUAGAGGAAGCAGCUGGACCGGUCCGUGUUGAAGGGGGGUCGGCAGAGAAGGGGCUGGCCCAAGCACUUCCACGUGAGCGUUUCCACGAGGGAGAUCAGCCUGAGGAGACAGGCGAUACCUCGUGUGAUCCGCGUCCAGCUGAAGAAAGAAAAGAGGAGGAACCCGAAGAAUUCAUCACCAAGGUGUUUCGAGUUGCUCUCCCGAUGUCAUCCAAAAGGUCUGAAGAGGUGACAAGAACUGCUAUGGAGAUACUUCUUCGCUUGAGAGCGGAUGGGUAUUAUGUCAACAGGAUCCAUGUGGACAAAGGCCACGAGUUCGCUGGCCACUUCAUGAAAUGGAUCCACACUCGGGGCAUUGAACUGAGUCGGACCCCUGGUGAUGAUCCCCAGGGGAAUGGCCGAGCUGAGCUGACGGUCAAGUCUAUCAAAGCGCAGAUCAGGCGCACUUUGCUUCAAGGUGGGGCAACUGAGGAAAUGUGGCCUUGGGCAUUGCGAUAUGUCAACGAGGUCAAUCGAUGCUGGCGCCAGGGAAUUGAUCCUACAUGGCCGCCGUUCAUGAAACAGGUCCUAGUGAGAAGGAGGAGAUGGAAAAGAGGGAGUUUUGAUCCCACAAUGGAAACGGUGCGGUAUUUGACACCUGCACCGGAGUCCCAUGGACAUUGGAUAGUAGGAGAAGAUGAGAAGCCGAGGCUGACGAGAUCAGUCAUGAAGAAGGCAGAGCUUCCACCAGAUGAGGCACAAUGGCUGGCGAUCGAACAGGAGACAGUUGAUGCUUUGAUGAAAAGACGGAGGAUUCGUCAAAAAUCAACUAUCAGAAGCUUUCAGAAGGAUGAAGGCGUGGACUGCGAGAGGCAAAAGAUACAGAGAGGAGUAGAGAAGUUGAUUGCAGAAGAGAUGCCAAGAAUGGUGGAUGAUCACCCAGACUUGGUAGCGCAAGAGAUGAAGAUUCUUCAAACUUUGAAGAAAAUGGCAGAAGUGAAGGAGGAAGAAGAAGAAGUUUUGCAGACUCGGGUGAUUUCACCGAAGGAGGUGGCCCGAGAUUGGGAACAGUGGUUGCCAGCAGUGCGUGAGGAGGUGAAUUCCUUGCUGACUGAGAAAGAAGCGAUUCAGGAGAUCAGCAAGACAGAGGUCGAGGCUUUGAUACGAGAAGCUCAUGCCAGCGGAAAGAAGGUGGAGAUUCUUCCAUCAAAACUAGUUUGCACCGUCAAACCAGGACCAAAUGGUGGACGCCGAAAAGUCCGCUGGGUCAUCUGCGGAAACUUUGAGGAGCAGAAGGCUGAAGACACCUUCAGCAGCGGUGCAGAUGCCGCAGCGUUUCGCAUUUUGGUCACAGCAGCUAGUUUUUUCCAGUGGGUUCGAGGCACAAUUGAUGUGAAGACUGCAUUUUUGAAUGCAGAUAUGAAGAUGUCAAGCCCCGAUGAGGUCUUGCUUAUUCGUCCUCCACCUAUCACUUUGGAAAAGAAGUACUUCACCCCUGGCACCUGUUAUCUUCCUUUGAAGGCUGUCUAUGGACUGAGGAGGUCACCGAGGCUGUGGGGAGAUUGCAGGGAUGAGUUUCUGGUUGAGGUUGAGGUGAAGCUAGAAGGCGAGGGAACAGUUUUGCAUCUAUCUCAAUUGGAAUCAGAGCCAAACCUGUGGCGGAUUGAGGAACCGCCCAAAGAAGAAGGAGUGACAUCUCCUUUGAGAGGACUUCUCAUGACAUAUGUUGACGACAUCUUUGUAGCAGCAGAAGAGGAAGUGUCGGCAGCAGUCAUUGAGGCCAUUCGUCAAAAGUGGAAGACCAGCGAACCAGAUGUCGUUGGAGAGAAGCCCAUCAGAUUUUUGGGCAUGGAAGUGACCAAGGUGAAGAAUCAGGAGACAGGUCGCGAGGAGUGGUACGUCACACAAGAAUCGUUCAUCAAAGAUCUCCUUCAGAAAGACCCAGAGGAGAUCAAGAAAAGAAAGAUUCCCAUCACACAGGAUCAAAGUCUGAUGCCAGCGGAGUUGGAGGAGAAUAGAACACCAGAAGGCAUCAGAGAGGCACAGAAAGCAGUCGGAGAAAUGUUGUGGCUGGUAACCAGGUCAAGACCAGACCUCAUGUUUUCCACUGCUCGUAUUGGGGCCAAUGCCACCAAACAUCCGUCACAAGUCAUGGCCAUAUACCAGCAGCUCAAGGGGUAUCUCAAGGCCACUGAGGAUGAAGGUUUGGUUUUUUCCACUGAUGGCCAAGGACCCAUCAUGAUUGAGGCGCUGGCAGACGCUUCAUUUUCACCAGAUGGAGAAGAGAGCCACGGAGCUUUCCUCAUUCAAGUAGAAGGCUGUCCUAUUUUUUGGAGGUCAGGAAGCCAACAGCUUGUUGCACUGUCAACUGCCGAGGCGGAGAUGAUGGAGAUUGUCCAAGGCAUGUUAGCAGGUGAGUCAAUUGCAGUGAUAGCUGAAGAAGUUUUUCCUGAAGUGAUCCGAAGAGUUUGGUCAGACAGUCAAGCGGCCAUCUCAAUUUUAACGAAUGAGGGAGGGAAUUGGCGUACUCGCCAUUUGAGAAUGAGGGCUGCAGCAGCCCGUCAAUCAAUUUCCAGAGGAGAUUGGGCGUUGCAGCAUCAAAUGGGCGAAUCCAUGAUUGCCGAUGUUGGAACGAAGGCACUGGCAUCACCAAGGUUGGAAAAGCUCAAAAGGGAAAUGGGCAUGAGGAAAAGACCAAAGGUUGAAGAUCCCGAACUGGUCCGUGUUGAAGAGGGGUCGGCAGAGAAGGGGCUGGCCCAAGCGCUUCCACGUGAGCGUCUCCACGAGGGAGUCCAGCCUGAAGGAGCAGGCGAUACCUCGUGUGACCAAGGUUCAGGGGUCAAGGGAAAAGUGUCGGUUGAGUUGGCUGACACAGAGAAAGUGAGAAGAGCGAUUCAGAUCAUCACCUUGGCAGCGAUUGCGUCAGGAGCCAAGGGUCAAGACGAAGAAGAAGAGGAGAAUUUCCAAGAAUUUCAUCAACUGAUGGUCAUUUUUGCUCUUUUGGUGGUCUUGAUCACCAUUCUUUGUCAGCAGCUGUGGAAGAUUGGUUUUGGGCCAAAUGGGGGGCGUAUGCAGACUGCAACACCCGUGGAGGGCUCAGCUACCAAUUCAAAUGAAUCAAGCUCCGCUGCCAAAACGAUAGAAGGAAAAGAAAAGAAAAGCUCCGCAACCAAUACUGAUCGAAGCUCAGAAGUGAGAACUCCAGUCGCUGUUGCGUCUGGUGCAUCAUCAAGUCAAGAUCCUAUUACGCCUGAUGUCCAUGGUCGAGUCUCGUCGGCUGGAGGAGAGCUGGUGAGCACACUCCCAUGUGAGCCGACGCUCCGCUGCGAUAUGUUUCAGCGUGAUCCAUCAGGUGGGGGUGAAGAGAGUUCUGAGAGCGAAUCAUCAUUGACGGAAGACAGUCUUGCAGGCAGAAUUGUGUCGGAAAUUCAUCAAAUUGAACGAGACGAAAGAGAAUUGUGGAGAGAAAUAAGGGGUCGGGCAGACCUCAGCAGGAGUGCUCUUCCAGAAGGGACAGAUCCAUCUUUUCAACUGCCUUUUCGUAUCUUCACCACGCGAUAUGGUGUGGUUUACCAUGUGUCGAUGAACUGCAACUACGUGCGGGCACCGCAGACUGGACCAAUCCGUGAGUCUGAGUGGUGCCAUUUGUGUCGAGAAGUUGCUGAGAAAACGCGUGGAAGACCACCCCCAGGUGUUGAGAUCAUGUUGGCUGGUUGGGGAGGUCCUGCUCACACAAGUGAUCAAUGUCCGUUCAGCACUGGAAGCUCAGUUUUCAAAAUGUGCACGAUGUGCGACAGAUUUCUGAGAGAAGGAUUUCGUCCCGCCAUUGGUUGUGAACGACCGCGGUUGACCAGGGACCCUUCAGUUGCUGCGGAUGAUCUCACCUUACGUGAGAGUCAACCCAUGCCACCGCCUCCUCCUCCGCCUCCCGGCCACGGUCGACGAGCGCAGUUGAGCCCACGGGAGGAGAAGUUGAGUCCUCGAGGCAUGCGAAAGGAGCGCCUGCCGCCGGCGCCUGCGCCCCCCUGGGCGCCGAACGGUGAAUCCUUGCGCUUUGAAGAGGCCAGCCAACCCAGCAAACCGCGCCAGCGCCGGGAGCAUCGUAGCACCUCCACCGGUUCUGAGGCUGCCCGCGGCAAACGUGGCCGCAGUCGGGCUCAGACCGAGGACAUCUCGAUAGAGAACAAGCUACCUGAGGCGGACAUCUCGGCAGUUUCCUGGAUGUUGGAGUAUGAACAUGUGCAGCCUGAGAAUUUGGCUCAUCCCUUUCAGCAAUGCCGCCAAAGUGUGGUGCAUUCUUCCAAUUCAAGGCAUCGACCUCAACCUCCACCCUUGCCGUACGGGGAGCCCAGCCCCCCCAAUGAAGGGCCACCCGGUGCCAGUGCUCGGAGCUGGCGCACGGCCGAUGGUCCUUUUCGGGCGAGGACGUUGCAACACUCCUUGAAGUUGGAGGCACUUCCUGCUCCGCCCCGGCGGCCCGACAUGGAUGAGGACAGCCUGAGCGGCAGCAGCUUGUCCUUCGUGGAGGAGUUGGACAACAAAGAAAAGGUUCGUGAUGCCAACGGGGAGCCAUGGCAGAGGACCAGUCUCCUGAAGGAACGCAUCGAUGAUUCUAAGGCGGCCUUGCAGAAGUACAGAAAGGGGGAGGGAUGCUUCAUGACGCCAUGGCCGUCCCUGACCGCGGCGCUUGGUCUCGUCGGCGCUGGAGCCGGGCAGCUGGAGCCGCCCUGGCGCUGUGGCGAGGCGCUGCGCACGGCGCGGGAGAAGUUGGAGACGGCCUUCGCGGGGCCCACGGCGAAGGACUUUUCAUCCCUCGAUUUCGAAAGUCUCUCAGCUGCAAUGAACCUCAUGCAAGAGGUGGCGGGGAAUGUGAACCGCGUCAUGCACGCGGGCUACGUCAAGGUUUUGCACAAUCAAGAAGGAGAAGUUGUAUACGAGCUCACUGCCGACGAUGAGUGGGCUGUGGAAGAGUACACGCUGAAGUACGUCUUCGUUUUGGCUGAUUUGAUUCCGCUGGUCUUUGCUUCUCCGGUGGAACUUCGCAGCGCGUUGAGCAACGAAUUGGGUCAUCCGCUGCUGAAACGGCAACGGAUUCUCUCCACACUACGCGUGUCGUGGUAUACGAUGUUGACCAACCAAAGUUGUUGGUCCGUGCCCUUCUUCGGCGCUCUCAGCGCCCUGGCGCGGCGUCUCAGCGAGCUGCCCGAGUUCGAACCGGACGCUGAUCCGUACCGCGCGCAGCUAUUUCAACAGCUGGACCUGCCAUGGCAAGGUCCAAUCUCUUCGAUUUCCUAUGGCAAUCACCUCAAAAUGCAGGGAGAGCCCAUGAUGAACUGGGAAGCCAGCAGAGAGAAGACUUUCAGAAAGGCUUGUGCCUUCUUGGCCACGGCCAAAGCUAGAGCUGGCAUCGAAGUGGCUGAACGAUACUUUCGCAUCUAUCACCAGGACUCCCUGGGUGUCGUGUUAUACGCCGCGGCGCAGUGGCCCGUCUUUGACUUUUUGCAGCGUCUGGCGCUGCGGCCGCGCCUCGAGGAUGAUGUGCCAAAGAGCGAAGACAGCGAGGAGGAGGAGGAGGAGGAGAGCUUUGAAGAAUUCUUCGUGGAAGCAGGAAAGCAAAGAAUUUCCCCAGAUCUAGCUCUGGAAUUUUAUCGAAUGUUUCACGUUGUGAGUAGCCUGUUCAAUGCCAUGCGUGUGCAAUGGUGGGUGAGCCACGGCACGCUGAUUGGUGCCUUGCGUGACCGCGGCCUGUCCCGGCACGCGGACGACUGCGAGAUCGAUGUCUCGGAGAGGGACGUGGAGCUGAUGCAAAGCGUCAGGAUGAAGGCCGCCCUCAGUCGGAAUGGCUACGAGCUGAGCUAUGAUCCCCGCGGGCGAUGCUUCAAAGUGUGGCCCAGCGGCUCAAGACAAGCGGAGCCAAGGGAGGCCCAGCUGGUAGAUCAGUCAUGGUGGUUGCCACAACAGCGUGUGGGCACUCCUGCACUGGACAUCUAUGUGGUCCAAACACCUGAGGCCAGCCAAUCUGAACGUUACUACAUUUCCAACGACGUCUUUCACUGCAAUACCCUGAGCUGUACGCAGUACUGGACUCGUUGGGAACUCUCGGACUUUUACGAUGUUCCCUUUGGUCUUAGCACUGCCAAGGUUCCCCGUGGCGCUGUGUGGUACCUGGAACGUGUCUAUGGUGCCGAUUGGAAUGUCACGGUGCGGCCGCACAACUAUGCCUCGCAGCAUGGGGAGGGCUUUGAACCCAUGGAGGUGUCUCGGCUCAAGAAACGUGCCGCUGAGCCUUUUGGACCUCUACCUCUGGUGCUGUGA